CGGGGACACUUAGCAACAGCUUAGUGAAUGAUGAUGCUUGCUUUUCUGGUUGGUUUUUUUCGCUUUGCCCUGUUCCUUGAGAAGCAGCAGGGGUGCUUGGCCAGUGCAAAACCGCUAAGUAUCGCAGCCUACACACUGCAAACCCGGAGCUUCACUCACACUGAUCAUCAGCCAGGGAGGCAUUAUCAUCGUCACUGGGGCAAGGGAAACACGAUUAGACGGUCAACGAUGUAAAUUAGGAAAGGUCAACGCGUGAAGCGUUCCUCCUGUCUGGCGAAGGUGAACUCAGGAGUUACAACAGGGUUACGCCGUGCAAAACUCCAGCCCCCCUGCCCUCAUUUCUCAGCAUGACCAGUCCUCAGGCCGCUCAGCAGGCCGGGGUUUCGGACCUGGAGAUCAUUUCUCAGCAGACAGAGGAGGAGAGCCAGCGCAUCGCCCCAGUGCAGCUGGUGGGGUUCACUUACCAGGACCUUCCACUGGCCGCACUGGACCUCUCACUGGCUGGCUCCCAGCUCCUGUCCACCCUGGAUGAGGAGGACAGCAGAGAGGGGUCGAACUGGCUGAAGCCUUGCUGCGGUAGACGGGCAUCACUAUGGCAGAUGUUCCUGGUCAGUGUAGGGUUCAAUUGCUUUCUGGUGGCCUGUGUGGUGUUGGUUGUGCUUCUCCUGGCCCUGGAACUACUGAUUGACACCAAGCUUUUGCAAUUUUCCAACGCUUUUCAGUUUGCCAGCGUCAUCCAUUGGAUCAGCGUUGUCAUUCUGUCCGUGUUCUUCUCUGAAACAAUUUUCAGAAUUGUAGUCCUGGGGAUUUGGGACUACAUUGAAAAUAAGGUUGAGGUGUUCGACGGCGCUGUCAUUGUCCUCUCUCUGGCCCCAAUGGUGGCCUCCACAGUUGCCAAUGGGCCCAGCAGCCCAUGGGAUGCCAUCAGCCUCAUCAUCACUCUCCGCAUCUGGAGAGUUAAGAGGAUAAUUGAUGCCUACGUUAUCAAGGUGAAGGUAGAGAUGGAGCUGGAGAUUCAGCAGUACGAGAAAACCAAGGCUGUGAGGGAAGACCAGCUGGACCGCCUUACCCACAUCUGUCAGGAGCAGGCUUUUGAGAUCAGGCAGCUGCGGGCUCACCUGGCCCAGCAGGAUCUGGACCUGGCUGCGGAGCGCGAAGCGGCCCUGCAGAUGCAACACCUCUGGGACAAACAGGGCGAUAGUUUCCAGGUGGUGGACGGGCUGGCCCCCGGGGAGUCAGAUGGUGAGGUCUGCGGCAGAAUACGGGAACCCCUGCCUCAAGCAGACACAGUUGUGCGUGAUGACAUGAAUAACUACCUCAGCCAGUACUACAGUGAGCCUAGCAGUGAUAUGGGAGUUCCGGAUGUGGGCGCUCGAGUCAUUACCACAGCGGCCAUCGACGUCCACCUGCCGGACAACCCCAGCCACUUGUCCUCGAUCCUGGUGAGCGCCGACACAGCCAGUGGGCCGGAGCGCGUGGGCGCCUCCGUGAGCGACACCUCCGUCACCGCGCCGCGCUCCGCGGGCGGCUCUUCCACACGCGACCACAGCAUCAGCAGCCAGACGCUGGGCUCCACCACUGACUGCAGCACCGCCCGAGAGGUCUCCUCAGACUCCUGCCCCACACAGUGGACGGCCAACCAGCACCGCCCCCCACCCUACAGCAGCACCAUCCCUCUGGGGCAGGCCCCCCGGGACUCCCAGGACCCCAGCAUUGUGGUGCAGGAACUGCUCUCCACCCUUUCAGGUGAAAGCUGCCUUACUCAGAAGGGCCUGGACCCCGUCAACCUCAAACUGCCCAGCCCCACCACCUCGACCGAGACCAGCCUUCAGCUGGAGCACAGAGUCAACAACUACAACAAAAAGAACCGGGAGAGCCUCAACGUGCUCCAGAUCAAACCACUGAUCCACAUGCAGGCCAGCGAUCCCACGCCGGCGGAGAAAUACAGAAUUCUGGACCCUGCAGACACCCCUCUCAGCCACCUGCCUGACACAUAGCGACUGGGGGGAGGGCACCCUCUCGCUGUGAUGGCGCUCACAAGCUCCGCACGCCUCAAAGAAAAAACCAACAGGCAGAAGCAAAGGACCUCUUGGUUACCUCCUUACGACAGAGCUGUUGACAGGCCCCUCGUACC